AUGUAAAUUUGGUUGUUUGGUCUCUUAUAAAUUAUACCUUUUGCAUAUUCUUAAUGCACUUCAAGACAGUAUGAUGAUGGAGUAGGUGGAUGUUUGGAUUGUUAAAUACAAUGCGCAACUUGUACAACAGGUACUUCUUGCGAUACUUGUACAUCGGAGUAUUAUCAAUCUGGAAGUGAUUGUUUAAAUUGUGAUCCUACUUGUAAAGAAUGCUCUGGAACUUCAAAUUAUUGUACUAAUUGUGAUACAUCCCAAAAUUUAUAUUUGGAUCAGGGAACAAAUACAUGCAUCGCAUGUGAUUCGCCUAAGUUCAAAGAUGGAAUAAAUUGCGUGGAUACAUGUCCUGUUUAUAUCAAUUUGACAGAUUCCACAUGUGUUGCUGCAUGUGAUUCGAAUUGUUUGACAUGUGCAAUUUACAGCAACUCUUGUACGACUUGCGAUAGCAGCAAUUAUUUGGAAUUAAUUUCAAAUCAAUGUGUGACUGCUUGCGAUGUUAACUGCGAAACAUGUUUGACAACUUCAACAAAUUGUCAAACAUGUAAUUCAGGCAUGUACUUAGACAACAUAACCAACGCGUCAGGAACUUGUAAACAAUGUAAUUCUCCUUGUUCAGUUUGUUAAUCUCCUUCAGACGUAGAAAUUUGCACUGAUUGUUAAAGCAAUUUUUAUCUUGAUGGAGCAUCGACCUGUUAAAUGUGUGAUUCGACUUGUUAUGAAUGUACAGGUUCAUUAGCAACAGAAUGUUCAUAAUGUGUGUUAGGAAAAUAUUUGCAAACAAGUGGAACUGAUAAAACUUGUGAAACUUGUAUAUCCCCUUGCGAUAAUUGCUCAUCCGAUACAAUUUGUGAUAGUUGUGUUUCUGAGUAUUAUUUGAAUGGAACCACUUGUGAUCCUUGUACAAGUCCUUGUUUUACUUGUGAAACAACUGAUACACAUUGCUUAACAUGUUUACCAGGUGACAAUAGAGUAAUAGUUAACAAUUAAUGCAUUUGUGAUCAAAACUAUUUUGAUUAAAAUAACGGGGAUUAUUUAUGUCCCCCUUGUGAUCCUAACUGCAAAACUUGUGUAGAUUCAGCCACUAAAUGCACUAGUUGCUAUGACAAAUUCUAUUUAGAUUCAAAUGUAUGUCAGCCCUGUCAUUGGAAUUGUGUAACCUGUGUUACAACAGCAACUAAUUGUUUAACAUGUGACGAAGUUGUGAAUUUGAGGAUAUUCUAUAAUAACUAAUGUUUGUGCAUUAAUGGCUAAUACUAUUCAGAUUCAUAAUAAAUAUGUGCUCAGUGUGUUGAUCCAUGUCAGAAUUGCUUAAGUGGAUAAGACUCAAAUGGGGUUGAUUAUAAUGGAACACAAUGCACCUCCUGCUAAGCCAUAUACAAUAGAAAUCUAAGUGGAACUAUUUGUGUUUGUAAGUCUGGAUAUUUCGAUGCUGGUUUCUUGGCUUGUCAACCAUGUGCAUCAUAUUGCGUAUCAUGUCUAACAAGUGAAACGGAUUGUGAUGUUUGUAAACCCAACACUUUUAGAGAUACUACUAAGAAAUGUCAGUGUCUCGAUGGAUAUUUUGGAACAUCCACAGUAUGUCAGCCAUGUACAUCACCAUGUUUGAAUUGUGAAAUCUCAAAUACUCAUUGUCUAUCAUGUAUCACCGGAGUGAAUAGAGUGUUGAGUUCCAAUGCUUGUAUUUGUGCACCUGGGUAUUACGAAACGACAACAUCUCCAAAGGUUUGUCAACCAUGCACUCCUCCUUGUGCCACUUGCAAAUAUUUCCCUGAUAAAUGUUUCAGUUGUAUUGCUAAAUAUUACUAACCAUCUGGUCAGUUAACAUGUUUACCUUGUGAUGUGCCUUGUGAGGAAUGUGCCCCUAAUGAUGGUACAAAGUGCAAGACCUGCUUAGCCGUUUAAAAUAGAGAAGUGUUAAAUCAAGUAUGUGUUUGCUAAAUCGAUUAUUACCAACUUGAUAAUGUUAGUCCCUGUAUCAAAUGCAUAGCUCCUUGUUAUGAGUGCGAAGACAAUGGAGAUGGAACACAAUGUGCUUCGUGUAAAGCAGGAGAUAACAGAACUGUCGAUACCAAUAAAUAAUGCAUAUGUACUAGCAAUUACUAUUCAUAAUUAUCUUCAUUCAUAUGUCUGGCUUGCAUCAGUCCUUGCUUGGAAUGUUUAGAUGAUGCACUUGCUCUAACAGCAGAUGGAACCUAAUGUGUUACUUGUUAACCUGGACUGAAUAGAAUCAUAGAUAACAUCAACAAUAAAUGCAAUUGCCUCGAUGGGUACUAUGAGACAACUGGAGUUCUGACUUGUACUUAAUGUUCUUCUCCAUGUUACGAUUGUGCUGACAAUGGAACAGGUGCAGAAUGUACAACUUGUCCUCCUGGAACAUUCAGAAUUGUUGAUUUAUAAGCCUGCAUCUGUUAAGAUGGAUAUUAUUAAGUAGGCACCAAUCCUAUUUGUAGUCCAUGCAAUUACACCUGUCAAAAAUGCUAUAAUUUGGCAUCUGAAUGCCAUCUUUGUGAUCCUCUCAAACAUCGUACAGCUGUUGGCAACACCUGUAUAUGUCAAGAUAACUAUUAUGAUAACAUGACAGAUGAUCAAGAUUGCAAACCUUGUACAAGUCCCUGUGAGUAAUGCCAUAUGAAUACUAAUGGAACAAAAUGCAAAACAUGUUUAGCUGGUCUUAACAGGCAUUACUCCAAUUAUCAAUGCAUUUGUGAUGAUGGAUACUUUGAAUUGAAUGCUACGUGUGUUAAAUGUCAUUCCACAUGUAUGACAUGUAGUAAUUCAUAUUCCUGUUUAUCAUGCAAUACAACCUAAUAUGAUUAAGUCACAUUUAGAAAUGGCUUGGCUUGUGUAUGUAAAUAAGGAUUUGAAAUGAAUUCAUCUGGACUAUGUAUACAAUAAUGUCCUAUUGAUUGUUUAACUUGCAAUGUUAAUACCUGUUUAACUUGUAGUAGUAAUAGAGUCUUAUCAAAUGGAAGGUGUGUUUGUGCUCUACCUGAUAAUACAAGAUUUUGCAGGGCUUCUUGCUCAGAUAUUAACUUUGGAAAAUUGGCUGCAUCUUUAACAUCUCCAAGUUCUAAUAUUCUACUCUCAAAGCUAAAUUCAAACUCAUUAUCUCCUUCCACUAUAGUUAUGGAUACGAUUAAUGAUUCCUCUAUUUCCUGUUCCCUUAUAAGUUCGCUAUAAUAGGGUGUUAUUUCAACUGAUAAAAAUAACUAUAAUUCUCUAUUCUUCAAACCUUAAGAAAUUCAAAUUGACCAAAGUCCUUUUGGCAAUCAAGCCUCGUAUUUUCAUUUUGUUAAAGAUAAUAUUCGAUACUUACUCUUUUAAAAGGAUGCAUCUACCUUAAAUUUAAGAAUGCAAUACUAAUUUGCUACAGUGGCAAAUAAUGAAAAUAUUCAAAGCAAUGUUGUACCUAAAUCAUCUCUCAAUUAAUAAAUUGUGACAAUCAAUAUUGAUAAUACAUAUACUGUUGUAUUAGUGUUCACUUAUGAUAUUAAUGAUCCUCCAACCAUCACUAGUUAGAUUAUGAAUGAGUGCUACUAAUUGAGUAUUCAAUUCAGUUCAUCUUAACCAGUUAUUUUAUUAACAGAAUUCUAUGUAAGCAGUGCAACCUUUAGUGCUGCUACAAAUGCAUAAUUAAUAGCUGUAGCAAAUUAUAUAGGCCAAUUAUAUUGGUAGGGUAUAGCAUUCGAAUGCACACCUCAUCCUAAGAAUACCAAAUAAAUGUUUUGGGAAAAUCAUCAAUUUUUACUUGAAGUUAUACCAACUAAUUUAUUGCCAUUAAAAGUAACAGAUGGAUCCAAUUAUAUUUCAACAGCAUUGUCUUCAAGUAAAUUUAGUGGAAAUAGUGCAUUGAUUUAAUUAAAUAAUGUAGAUGUUAAUUAUUAGACUACAUCUAUACAAUAUGAUAGUAGUGGAUUCUCAUAUUUCACUGUCUAAUUUCCAGAAAUAUUAGUCUUUGGUUUGCACAUGCUAUCAUAAUUCAUAUUCAAUCAAUUUACAAUAUAACAUUUUAUUACUAGUGGAUAUUAAAUUAGCACAUAACAACUUACAUAUACUAGCAAUAAUUACCAAUUUGUAGGAUAUAUGGUUGAUAUAUAUGGUACAACAUCUGUUAAGACUUUGAUAUUCGGUUACAACUAAGGACACACAUUUAAUGUAGUUUAAAAUGCAAAUAAUAUAUUGAUAACGGUGAGUGGAGCUAAUGUCAAAUAGAUUAAUUUUGCUGUUAUGGCUUUUGAUGAUACAUUAAUAAAUAAUUCUUAUCAAACCAUUUUUGAAUAAUACAUAAAAUUGUUAAUAAAAUCAAUUGAAUUAUCGACUAGAACACCCUUAAGAUUUGUCAAUCAAUAUUGGAAAUUGAGUUCUAUAUCAAUAACUGGGACAUUUGAGGCCUUAACUGAAUAAAUAGGAGGAUACUUUAUAAGUAAAGGAACAAAUGCAAUAAAUACUAAAUUUCCCUUUGAUAUUUCUCAUAAGAUAAGCACAGAUCUUAAAUAAAAUAUUAUCUAUACUAAUGGGUAUUUAGUAAAUGGAGACUCUGUUUUUGGUAAAUUAACUAAGUACUUUACAUAAGCUAAUAAUAAGUUUGUAUUAGGGGCAUAAUUAAAUAAUAUUCAGUAUAUUUCAAUUUCAAUGGCUUCAACAGAUACAUUUGUAUCAUGUUCAUAAUCGGAAACUUUGUAUAAAGACAUUUAUGCUUACAUAAGUUUGUGUAAGAGGACUGAAACUUAAGUUUAUUAAAUAUUUAUCAUCAAUUUGAAUGAAUAUGAUGGGUCUAUUGUAUUAUCAUAAAGCAGUACUGAAGUAAAGAUAAGCAAUAUUCAAAAAAUCACAUAAAUAUAUUACUUAAUGGUAGUAUCUAAAAGUUCAAAUAAUUUAAAUACUUAGGCUAUUAUUUAGGAUAUUUAUUAAGGAAUCUUAAAGUCUUCUGGAUAUUUUGGAUUUGAUUUUCAGUGUUUGACCUACAACAACGAUCUUUAAUGUGAAACUUAUAGAACUGGAUAUAAGACAUCAAUGAGCAAUGAAUUUGAUACAGCAUAGAAUUUGGUUACUGAUGUUUAAAAUAUGAAUGGCAAGAAGUGUAAUUAUUUUAAUUUCGACAAUGCUGCUACUAUUCUCAAAAAUAAUAAAAAUACUGUAAACACCCUGGUAACUACUCAAAUGUUAAAUUACAUAUAGCCAACAGUGAAGGAUUACUUUUUUUAAUAUGAUGCUUUGGAGAUUGGGAGAUUGACAUCAUCAGCUAAGCCAAAUGAAUAUCUGUUUGCCCCUAAGGCUGGAUAACUUGAAGUAUAGAUGAUCACACCUACAUUUUUUGGUGCUCAAUCACAAAUUUACUAAUAUAUUAAGAAUAUGUUGUCAGUCACUUUAAUUGAAACGAAUAUUGAUCAGAUUAUUAUUGAUAAUAAGCUUGCCAAUAAUAAUCGAGGUUAAAUGAAGUCUAUUUCCUACUAUUUCAGUAACUACGGCGUAGUAUACAAUUCAAUUUGUGUUACCACUUUUGACACUUAAAUCUUUCCAAAUACUUUCGAAUGUUUCUUAAGACCUUUGAAUUCAGAUUUUGAUACAAUUGAUAUGCAGUUGACUUCUCCUCUCCAAAGUCUAAAAUACAAGAUAAAUCAGAAAAAUAACAUUAUGUUAGUAUAUAUACUUUUAGCCGAUUUUGGACAGACCCCCACUGCAGAGACUAAGAUUUAAUCAAUUAGUCAAUAGAUAUACGAAUAAGUUUUGAAUUCAGUUUAGAAUGAUCAAUGUAAAUGUUGGGGGAGAUACAGAUAAAAAGAGAAUAAUUGUAGAUGUUAAGAUGGAUAUUAUCCACCAGCAGAUACAGCAUUUGGAUUACUUGAUUGCCAGCCUUGUGAUUAUAAGUGUCUGACUUGUCAGUUUUCUAAAACAUAAUGUAUAAGUUGUCCACUGAAUUCAAAUAGAGUUUUAGACCUGACUUUAUUUACAUGUCAAUGCAAAACAGGUUAUUUGGAAUUAGGUGUUAUUUUAUGUAGUCCAUGCAACUAUACUUGUGGAAAAUGCAAUGCAUUACCUGAAAAAUGUACUGAAUGCGAUAUUCUGCAACAUAGAACUUGGGAUAGUACCAACUUUUUAUGUCCUUGUAAUGAUGGAUAUUAUGAUGAUGGAGUCAAUUCUCUUUGUGCAAAUUGUGAUCAUAGUUGUAGUAAAUGUUCAUAAGCAGGUAAGGUAUGUUAAGCCUGUGUAUUAUCUGUUUUUAGAACUCAAUAACCAGAUAAUACAUGUCCAUGUGAUCCUGGAUAUUAUGAUGAUGGUGUUAAUGCUUUAUGUUAGCCAUGUGAUUAUACUUGUUCUACAUGUGUAGAUACAGCAACUAAAUGCACUGGAUGUAAGAUCAACUCACAUAGAUCUUUAUCUAAUAAUGAAUGCAUUUGUGAUACUCAUUAUUUUCAUGUUAAUCUAACUUGGGAUUGUUAACAAUGUUCAAUUUAUUGUAAUGAUUGCACUGGGACAGCCAGAAAUCAGUGUACUAAUUGCUAAGCAAUUUAGAAUAGAUAGUUAGUAGAUACAAGUUGUGAAUGCAAAAUUGGAUUCUUUAAGGACGCUUUAGAUUCAUCUACUUGUCCUCCUUGUGACUAUUCAUGUAGGAGUUGCAGUGUGAUGAGCAAUUAGUGUUUGAGUUGUGAUUUGACUGCUAAUAGAAUAUUUGAUUCAUUUAAUAAGAUUUGUAAUUGCAAGGAAGGUUACUUCGAUGAUGGUGUAAGUGGAGCGUGCUAGUCAUGUUCAUACAGAUGUAAGACUUGUGUCAAUAAUGCUAACUAAUGUUUGAGUUGUCCCUUAAAUACAAAUAGAAAAUUUGAUGCUGUUACUAACACAUGUAAAUGUUAGCCAUCUUUCUCUGACACUGGCGUGGCUGUGUGUAUGAAAUGCCAUGCGAGUUGUUAGGAAUGCUAAACUACAACAACCACUUGUAUAUCAUGCAACAUCAACAAAACUUUCAGAAUAGACAACAGUGUCUUAAAUAAUACUUGUCCUUGUCAAUCUGGUUAUUUUGAUGAUGGAAUGAAUAUGGUUUGCAAAUCCUGUCAUCCUUAAUGUAACACUUGUUCUAGUUUCUCUGUCUGCACUUCAUGUAAUACUCUCUAUGGAAGAAUCGAUAAAAGCAAUAUCAAUAAUACAUGUCCUUGUAAUGAUGGGUUCUUUGAUGAUAACAUCAAUAAACAAUGUUAGGUUUGCAAUUAUAGUUGUUAAACGUGCAUUGAAAAGAAUACAAAAUGUGUUUCAUGUAAUACCACUGGAACUUAGAGAUCAAAGUAGCAGGAUUCUUGUCCUUGCAAUGUUGGGUACUUUGAUGAUGGAUCUGUGACUUGUCAACCUUGUAAUUUUAAAUGUCUUACUUGCAAAUAGAACAGUGUUUCAUGUACUUCAUGUCCACCAAGUAGACAAGGCUCAGAUUGCUCAUGUAAGAUUGGCUAUAUAGAAACUGGAGUCAAAGAUUGUCUUGCUUGUCAAUUUAAAUGUGGACUAUGCACUUUGGCUGAUUUAAAUACUUGUUUAUCUUGCAACUUGAAUAGAAUCAAUCCUCCCUCUUGUGAUUGUGACACUAGUUAUUAUGAGUUAGAUAACAAAUGUUUGCCUUGUCCAAAUUAGUGUCUCUCUUGUGAUGUCACUACCACUUGUUUCACAUGUAAAGGUGACAGACUCAAUAAUCCUAUUUGCAAUUGUCCAGAUGGCUAUUAUGAAGAUGGAGUAUCCUUAAAUUGCUCACCCUGUUAUGGAUUCUGUGCCACUUGUAACAUUGAUAAAUGCAUGACUUGUUAAGGGAAUAGAAUCUUAAAACCAAAAUAAUGUGAUUGUCCUGAGAACUCUAUCAGCCAUCUUGACACUCCCUUUUGUUCCAAUUGUCAAGUAGCUGUCAUCUAAGCCUAAUUCACUAGUGAUUUAAGCAUCAUUUACAUUACUUUUCCAUUCAAUGUACAAUUUCCAUCAGUCAAGAAGUUCUCUUCUUCUUAAGCUUGUUAAUUGACAUUCUCCACUAGUACUUAUUAAGCUCUAGGAUAUUCACCAUUAUGUUCAAUUACUCAAGGUAACACACUACAAAUUGAAUUAUCCGAGGGGAGUAGUAUAACUAUUGAUUUCUAAAUUGAAUUCAAGGAUGAUUUUAUCACUAAAACAGGAUGUAGUGACGCAUUAAGCAAAUUUAUUUUGUCUAGCUUCUCAUACAAUUCAGUCUAACUGAAUCCUCAAUUUGAACUCUCCUCAUAUAGUGAUCAAAUCACCAUCUGCUAAGAUAUUCAAAUCAAUAUUCUCAAUAAGUAAGUGGAUGGAAAGAGAGACUUCACAGAAGUUGUUUGGACAAUUGUUAAUAUGAAUCCAUCAAUAUAAUCAGUGGCUUAAUAUCUAUCUUAACUAUUAGCAGAAGCUAAUUCUAAAAAUUAUCAAUAGAUUAAUAUUGCUGCUCUUUCACUUAGCGAAUAUGGAACUUACGUGAUUUAACUAAAGGCAAAAAAUUUCAGAGGAUAAACUUUUACUGCUCAAACAACUAUAUAAACUGCAUCAUAUGAAUCACCAAUUAUUAAAUUAGAUUCUAAUUAAUAGUUUAUCUUCGGAAGAUGGGAAGACUUAUCAUUUACAAUCUAGCUCAAACAUUUAUCAUGCUACUCAGAUAAAGUAAUUGAAGUCUUUGAUGCUUUAAGAGUUAAUUGGACUGAAGUAGCCAAGACACCUAACGAUACAGUUAGUAUUCUCAAGGAAUCAGUCAUCUCAGAAACAGAUGGAAUGACAUUUUUAAACACUUUGUUGAUUCCAGCCUAUACAGCCGUAAUUGGAUCCACCUACACCUUAAGUGUGACAGUAUCAUUGACUAAUAAACCAAUCAAGACAUCACUACAAUUUACAAUAACAAUAAUUAGCAGUCCUAUGCAAGCCUAUAUUCAAGGUGGAACCAGAACGUAAUCAUUCAAUGAUUAUGCAGUUCUGAAUGGAUUCUGCAGAGAUCCUGAUCUUGAUUUUCCAUGGAAUAAAGAUCCAGAUAUUACUUUUAAUUGGAAAUGUAUUAAUCUAGCCACUGGUGCAAGUUGCACAGAUUCAAAUAAAGAACUCUUAGAAUUAAAUGUAACUGAUGCUACCCAGACCUUUAAACCUAGAGUGUUAGAUCCUUAUUAACCACUUUAAUUUGUUAUGAAAAAUACUAAGCAUUCAACCAUAUUGAUUACUUAAAUUAUCCUAUUGGUUAUUGAAAAUGAUUUGCCUAAUAUUUAAGUAAGUUACCCAUCGGGAUAUGAUAGUAGGUAAAUAUUGUUGCAUGAAGAACUCAAUUUUACAUUAGAUACAACCGUUGAUCCUGAUUCAUUAAAGUACUUUUGCUAAAUUGUAUAUAAUUACAAUAUUGUGGCAUCAUUUACAUUUAAGUUCUUGUAAGUCAAGUUUCGUAUUUGGGAUUAUUGGGAGGAUACUGAUCAAUCAAUUAAUGCAAUUUAAAUUAAAAUGGCUGCCAAGGAUGUCUAUCAUUUCAUGCCUUCAAGUACUUCAGUUAACUUAUAAUUGAAUAUACCACCUGAAAAUUGUAGAUUUUCUGUGACUCCAUCCACUGGAACAUCCAUUACUGAUCUAUUUGUUCUAUCAGUUACUAAUUGCUUUGACUUUUAGCUUCCUUUAUAAUAUCAAUUUCAUAUUUAUUCUAGUUAGAAAACAUUAGAUAAUGAUAAUUUAAUAGGGGAAACAAUAAAUAAAAAGUCAAUAACAGAUAAAUAAUCAAGUUCUUAAUUGUAAUUAGUAUUGCCAACACCUAUAGAUCUGGAUAAUAGUAUUGCUUAUGAAUUAGUGCUUGUAGCAAGUAUUUAUGAUAAUAAUAAUGGAAUGAAAAACCUAACCAAAACGGUUAAAGUUAAUAGUAUUUAUCAAAAAAUAGAAACUUCAGAUUUCUAAUCAAUUUUAUUAUAAAUUAGAAGAGCACUUAAAUUAAGUGACACAAUUGAUGAGUCAGCUCUUCCCUCAUUAUUUAUAGGCAGUCAAGAAUUAUCAACUUUAUAUAGUUAAUUAUAGCCAGAGAAAAAGGCAUAAAUGAAAAACAUUCUUAAAGAAAUUUAUUCUAUUUUACAAUAAUUUUAAGGCAAAAUGACAAGCAAAGUUUUAGAAGAAUCACUUUUAUCAUCAAUCGCAGCCAUUGGUAGAACUGGUAUCAAUUAUGAAAUGGAUGGAGCUAAUGUUGUCGAUUUCUAUACAAUAAAGUAAUAAAUUAAAAAAACUGUCAAAUAGUUAAAUAGAUAAAUAAAUGAUUUAGAUUAUUAUUUAAAAUAAAAAUAGAAAUCAGGAGGAUCAACAUCAAAAUUUGAAGAUGCAAUCAAAGCUUUAGAUAAUACACUUCUUAAUAGUGGUUUUGUUACUGAUACAUUAUUUAAUGCGAUCAAAUCUAACUCAUUUUAAGGAGCAGAUGUCACGGAUGCAGAUGUUAAUUUGCUAAAAGAAUAAAUUUAAUAAAUAAAUAAAUUAGUGGCAGUAGCAACUUUAAAGAGAAGUUUAGCUAAUGAAAAACCUAGACAAUAUGCAGGUUAAUAGAUGGGUAUGUAAGCCUAUAAAUCAACACCCGCUUAAAUUGUUUCAGUUUUAGGUAAUAAGAUUACCCCCCUCUUUUUUGGAACAGAAACUUAUGCAGAUGAGGAUAUCUAAGGGUCUGGAAGCAAUGAUAAUUUGAAUUUGGAAGAGGAAGUAGAUGAAAUAAAUUAUGAUGAAUAUCUUUCUAUGUUAAAUGGAACCAACAGUACAAAUAGCACUAAUAGUACAAAUAGCACAAAUAGUACGAAUAGUACAAAUUCAGGAAAUAAGAGAAGACUCCUUUAAUUUGUUGAAUGGAUUUAAAAUAAAAAUAAUCUUCAUUAUUUAAGAAACUUAUAAUAAAUAAAUCCUACUACUGUAAAAUAAUAUGAAGUUAGUAUGUCUAAUUAUGCUACAAGUCCAAAUUUGAAUGAUCCUAAAUUUAAAUCAUAACUUAAUGUUAAUCAAACUAAUGAAGUUACCAAUUCAUCAAAUAUUACUCAUGAUUAAUCAAUAGUUAGUAACUUUGGUACAAUUUAACCAAAUAUCACAAUGACAGAAGAUGGUAGUAGUACAGAAAUAAAGAGCCUUGAUGGUCAAACCAUUAAAUUAUCAUUUUCUGCUCCAUAAAAUGAUAGUGCCAAUUCAACUAUGGAAUGCUAUUCUGAGGCAAAAGAUACAUGGGAAACUGGUACAUGUAAAAUAAAGAAAGAUGUGGAUUCUAAAGGUAAUAUUGCUUACGUUUGUGAUUGUGUGGUAGUUAAUCCCACUACAGUCAUCACAAAAUUGGAUAGUUUUAUUUCAAACAAAUUAAGUGCAGUGUUUAAUGCUGACUCUUUGAACAUCUUUUUAUAAAUUUAAUUUUGGAAAUAUGCCAUUUUCUACAUUGCUAUUGGAUUUACAGGUGCUUAUGUUGCACUCAUGGUUUUAGGAUUAAGGAAGGAUAAUUAAGAUUUUAUAGAAGAAAUCACCAAAGAAUUGUAAUUUACUGAUGAAAACAUUCCAGACAACAUUAAGAAGUUGAAGUAACAAAUCAAUAAUCUAAUUAUUGAAGAGUAAAGCAACGAAAACUCAAUUGAUGCAGAAGAGGAGAAUAAGACAGUAUUGAAGAAAGAAGAUAUGAAUAAAUUAGCUUUAUUUACUUUAAAAGGAUAAAGUGAUUUGGAAUUCAAAAAAGAUGAAGAAGAGAGAGAUAGCAAUAUAUUAAAUUAGAGAGACAUUCAAAGUUUAUAAGUAGAACGAAAUAAAGCUAAAAUCAAUUUUAAAUAAGUUCAAGAUUAGUUAUAAUAACAUUAACUUUAUAAUCCCUCAACGAAUAAGCAAUAAGGAAGAGCAACAGAGUUAUCAAAGGUAAUUAAAAAUGUUUAUACAAUUCACGAUUUGAAAUUUCAAUAUGGUUAAGAAAUCAAACUAAAGCCUUUAACAUUAAAAGUUCUUUGGGAAGGAAUAUUAACCCUUCAUAGAGUAUUAUCAAUAUUAAUGUUAUAUGAUGAUGUUAUUAGUAGACCAGCUAGAUUUGCUUUGAUUUAUGCCAAAACUAUUUUAGUAUUAGCAUUAUCAGCAUUAUUUUCUGGUAACAUGGGACCUGUUUACGGUACUUUAAUAUCAGUUGGAAUUGGUUAAGUCAUCAAUGUGAUUCUAUCCAUCAUUACAGUUACAAUGAAAGCAUCUCCAAUCCUCAAAUUUUUAGGAAUUUUAUUAACGAUUGCAAUAUCUGCUGUGUGCUGGUUCAUUGUAUUGAUGCUUUCUGCCAGCAUGGAAGAAACCUAAGCUAACAUAUGGGCAGUUUAAUUUGCAUCAACCUAAGUUAUAGACCUAAUCAUUGUAGAGUUCCUUAUUAUAUCGAUUAAACUUUCCAUAUACCCUUGGGCAAUCAAAGCAUUACAUGAUCCUGACGCGAAUGCUUCUAAAAUUCUUGCUAAUUUACUGUUUAUUGCAGUUGCUUAACCAUAAAUUUCAAAGUUCUUUGAGGUGGAGGAUAAGAAAGACAACUUUGAAGCUUGA